GUAUACAAGCUACUUCCUGUUCACUUCCGCCUUUCGUCUGAGCCGUUAGCCAGCCAUGCGUUUCCGUUUCUGUGGAGAUUUAGACUGCCCCGAUUGGGUGCUUGCCGAAAUCAGCACGCUGGCGAAGAUUUCUAGUGUCAAGAUGAAACUUCUUUGUGCUCAAGUACUAAAAGGUCUGCUCGGGGAGGGUAUUGAUUAUGACAAAGUCACAAAGCUUACAGCUGAUGCAAAGUUUGAUAGUGGAGACAUAAAAGCCAGCGUGGCCGUGCUCAGCUUCAUUUUGUCCAGCGCGGCGAAGCAUGACGUCGACAGUGAGUCUUUGUCCAGUGAACUGCAGCAGCUCGGCCUGCCCAAAGAACACACAAUGGGGCUGUGCAAGUCGUAUGAAGAUAAGCAUUCUGCAGUGCAAGAAAAAUUGAGAGAGACCAGCUUGAGGUUGGGCCGACUGGAGUCAGUCUCCUGGCGCGUGGACUACACUCUGAGCUCCAGCGAGAUGAAGGAGGUCAAUGAAGCGGUCGUUCAGCUAAAGCUGCAGGCUCAAGGAGCCGAGUCGGGCACCUCAGAAAGCACUCUAGUCUCGCUUUCUGCUGACAAGUUCAGAGUCUUGCUUUCAGAGCUCAAGCAAGCCCAGACUAUGAUGAAUGCUUUGCACUGAGCAAGAGAAUCAAUUCCCGUCUCCUCGACUUCAGAACCGGACACAAAUGCCAGAUUCCAUUUUUGGGUGGCAGGGGGCGGGGGGUUGAAUUUCUAUGAUUAAAUGUACUGGUAUUGCUUGUUACUUGAACUGAUAUUUACUUGUAGUUUCUACCGUCAUAGUAUAAUUGUAAUAAAAAUAUUAAUUGUAUCACUUGUAAAAUACUGUAUAUAAUGUGACGUUUUAAAAAAAAAUAAAAAAAAUUUUUUUUCU